AUGUUUUCCUCUUCGUUCCAACUUCACACUCGGCGCAACACCACACGACGCAAGAUAUUGAACUACUCGGUACACUUCACGCCCAGCCCCACGUCCGAUACCACCGCUACUAUGCAGCACCUCCUACAGAACCUACCCCCUGAGCUGCUGGCGGCCAUAGUUGAAGAGCUCCCCUGGGAAAGCCGCCUGUCACUCAGCGCCACGAGCUCCGUCUUCCGUGCUGCCCUGGCGGCUCGUUUUUUUCGUGCCAUCGUGGUGUCGAAUAAGCCUGGCACCAGUCUGGAUGGUCUGCGGGCAUGGGCAGAGAAGUACGGGUCUCUAGUCGACGAGGUGCAUUUCCUCGGGUCGCGAGAUGGCUUGGACAACACUGUCCGGGAGACCUCCCAGGAGGAAGACGGCGUUCACCGUGGCACGCAGUGUCUCCUCCCCACUCUGCUGCAGGGCAUACUCUCUGGCACACGCCUCUCACAAGCAAGUACUGUCAGGGUCUCCUUUGACUUCGACUUCAAUCGUGGUCACGAGCCUGGAAGUGACUGGGAAUCCGAGAGCGAGUUGCUUGAUGACGACAUCGAUUCAAUAUACGUGUUCCAGGUACCUGAAGAGACAUUGCAAGUCAUCAAGCACAAGGAAGACAGGUAUCCCUGGCGCCAGCUUAUGGCAGAGACAUGCGCUACAUUAGCCCAGAACCAGAAUGUCAGGAAGUUGGUGAUGGAGGAGCUAGUGCCCAAGCCCACGUCUACUUUCUUCACUACGGCCUGGUCCUCUUUCCUCGGCCAAUUGGACGUGCUGGACAUAUCAGGAAUUUGGAGCGAGGAUAACGGCGCAGGAUGGCACGCGAACACCUUGGACGGCUAUCUCCAUUUUGAGGCGCACAUGGGCGACUAUUUCUUCGAGCAUGCCCGAAGUCUGAGACACGUGAGGCUCUCCGCCGCCUCGGCGACUGCCUUUGGAGUUGACGGGAACUUGUUCGACUGCGCGUUGCCACUGGAAAAGUGCCACCUUCCGCAUCAGCAGAGGCUUGAGCUUCAGUAUAUGCUGAUAAGCCCCAAGCUCGCCGAUUUUGUGCUGGUCAAGGGCACAACGCUGCGGAGUCUACGGCUGGUUGACUGUCAUGCCAAUACCGAUGCGGACCUGGACCAGAACCGGACUUUCCCGUGCUGA